AUGGCAACAUCAGACUUCAACCAAAUCGGCUUCAUCGGCCUCGGCGCCAUGGGCAAGCACAUGGCCGAGCAACUCGCGGCCAGGCUCCCAGACAAUGCGCGCAUCCACGUCUAUGAUAUCUCUAGAGCACCUGUCGAGGAGCUUGAGAGGAAGUAUCCUGGUAAAGUCGUUGCCUCAAGUUCGCCGAGGGAUGUCGCUGAGAAUGUGAAAUACAUCCUCUCAAUGGUCCCCGAAGGCGCACAUGUCAAAUCCGUCUAUCUAGACGAGAAAACCGGUGUUACUACAGUGGACCUAGCAGGCCGAGUCCUCAUAGACUGCUCGACUAUCGACCUCGCCACAAACCUGCUGGUAAAGCAACACCUCGCACAAACCCACCCAAACGCAUCCUUCUACGACGCCCCCGUCAGCGGGGGCACGCUCGGCGCCGCAAAAGCCACAAUCGCAUUCUUCCUCGGCUGCGCAGAGACCGAUCCCCAGCUGCAAACCCUAACCCGCCUCCUCUCACUCAUGGGAAAGCAGAUCAUCCCCUGCGGCGCACCCUCGCUCGGUCUCGCGGCGAAGUUAUGCAAUAACUACCUCUCAGGCCUAAUCGCGAUAGGCAGCGCCGAGGCACUGAACAUGGGGAUCCGGUCUGGAUUAGACCCGCGCGUGCUCUCGAAUGUAUUUACCGCGGGAACUGCGCAGAAUGCCAUCUGUGACAAGUUUAACCCGUGUCCUGGGGUUGUUGCAGAUGCGCCGAGUAGUCAUGGGUAUGAGGGGGGGUUUAAGGUGCAGUUGAUGAAGAAGGAUUUCUCGCUGGCGGUUAGUUUGGCGGAGAGUGUGGGGGCUAGAUUGGAGCUUGGGGAGCAGGGGUUGAGGACGUAUGAGGGGGCGUCGAAGGAUGAGGAUUGUUAUGAUCGGGAUUCGAGGGUGGUGUUUCGAUUUAUUGGGGGGGAUGAGAAGUGGGCGGCAAAGCUUUAG